ACAGCAGUUACGCACACGCGUGUGACAGCGUUGCCGGCCGGCUUUUCAUCUAUUGACGUGUAACGGUGGAGACGGAGCCACAGCUUCUCUAACGGCCGGGUGAUGUUAGCUUAUUUGCGGUAUCGAGCAGGAAACCGAUGGCGGAUGUGUGUGUGUGUGUGUGUGUGUUAAAAACCGAAUAACAAACCGUGGAGCCUGCGAGUGCUUAAUGCGGGGAACGCAGACUCACUGGCCCGGCUCGGCUCGUGGAGACACUGAGUUUCAGUGGAGCUCCGGAGCCUGAUGGCUGCACACCAGCUGACGGUGCCACUGUUUUUGCAUGACGGCCCGGUGCAGCUGCACCAUCACACCUCACUGCAGAGGCCAGUGAUGCAGCACCGUCACUGCCAGAUGUUUCACCCGGAGCAAAUAAAUCAUUGCUCCCUCUGAGGGCUGAUGAAAGGCGUUCAAGUUCCUCGCAAUUUCCGGCUCUUGGAAGAGCUGGAGGAAGGUCAGAAAGGUGUGGGAGACGGGACGGUGAGCUGGGGUCUGGAGGAUGACGAGGACAUGACCUUAACACGGUGGAGAGGAGUGAUCCUCGGCCCUCCGAGGACAAGCUAUGAAAACAGGAUGUACAAUCUGAAGGUUGAAUGUGGGCCAGGAUACCCAGAGUCCCCACCGUUUGUCAAAUUCGUGACAAAGAUAAACUUGAAUGGCGUGCACACCUCCAGCGGGGUGGUUGACAUGCAUGCGGUGACUGCACUGGCCAAGUGGCAGAACUCCUACAGCAUCCGGAUGGUGCUGCUGGAGCUGCGACGGCUCAUGACGUGCAAGGAGAACAUGAAGCUUCCUCAGCCACCUGAGGGCCAGAUCUACACCAACUGAGCCCCUUCGACGUUUGGCUCCACCUUUUUCUCCUCUUCUUCUCCUCCCCGCUCCCUUCCAACUCUUAUAAUUUGCUUUCAUCCCUUUACCCCCCCCCCCCAUCAUCCGCCAUGUGGCAUUCCACCUCCUGCCCAUACUUAGGCUGAGCAUGUACACACACACGCACACACACACACACACACACACAUGCAUAUAUAUAAAACACACACACAUAUAAUAGAGCAUUCAUGAAAAAUUCAUUCCAGGCCCCGACCCCCUCCCUCUCCCAUCACUGGAGUGCUGGGCGGACUUGAUGUGACGAGGCAGGCGGAGUCCUCAGUCCACACCAGAUGUGAUCAUUCGAAUACUGUACAUCUUACUAAUCUUCUUUUUAUUAUUAUUUGUUAAAAAUAAUGCAGAUUGUACAAUAACAUAAAUAAUCUUAUUGAGUGUACCUCUUUGUCUGUUGCCUUUUUGUAACAUUAAAAUCAGCCACUUAACACAGUUGCACAUGGUUCACUAGACGGUGUGUUGCUGUUCAUCAUGAGAUAAUCUUCUUCACAUACAAACCCCAAUAUGCAAAACCAAGUUUAACCUGGUGAUGUUAAGAAUGUCUUGUCAUGUGGUCAGAUGUCUGAUGAAAUAUUUACUUCACUGUGUGUUGACAUGGGCUUGCACACUUUGUUUUCAAGUAAAUGCACGACUGCAGCUCAGCAAGGUGCCAAGAAGUGGUCACCUGGAUCUCACGUUUUCUUUUCUUCUAUGUAAGAACUGUCCAAAGUAAACAUUUUUAUCCACACCACUAUAUCUGAUCUUAAUAUCUAUAUGGGCAUAGUCUGCAUAUCUGCUGUAGCUCUGCAUAAGUCCCAAUGAAACCAUGCUUGAAAGUAGAAGUGAAAUCAGCUACCUCUUUUGGUCCUGUGUAACGUCAGAUGAGUUAUCCGACCUGUGAAACUGUCUUUUGCUUCUUCAUGUGACAAUUUGUUUUUCUUUCUCCACAUCAUUCAUAAAUCUUACUUUAUGCUGUU